AUGUCUCAACCAGAACCGUUUGAUGACGAAAAUGAAGCUUUCAUAAAAACUCUUGUGGCAACUUCCGUGCCCAAGGCAGUCACUUCACAGGAAAUAGAGGAACAUGUUGAAAAAGACAUGGCUCUUAAGGAUCUUGUUGCAGCUCUGGAAGGCGGUCAAUGGACUGAGGCUGUCAAGAGUUUCAAACCAUUCGAAUCCGAACUAUACCGAUCAGGAAACCUGCUCAUGAGAAGCCAACGUAUAAUUGUACCAGAGUCUCUGCGGUCUCGAAUUCUCCAACUGGCUCAUGAGUCACACCCGGGAAUAAUAUCUAUGAAACGGAGGCUGCGUCAAAAAGUGUGGUGGCCCGGGAUGGACAAACAGGUGGAGAAAAUAGUGAAAAGCUGCAAAUCAUGCACGAUUGUGUCUGCGCUCGACCCUCCGGAACCCUUGCGAUCUACGUGUAUGCCGGAAAGACCUUGGGUAGAUUUAGCAGCGGAUUUCGUCGGGCCAUUACCGUCUGGAGAUAAUCUUUUGGUUAUCGUUGAUUAUUUCAGCAGGUUUAUAGAGGUGAUAGUCCUGAAAGAAAUCACUGCGGCAACGACGGUCAAAGCCUUCCACGAGACGUUUUGCCGGUUUGGGAUGCCAGAGACCCUUAAAACCGACAACGGUCCACAAUUUAGAAGCGGGGAAUUCAAAAGCUUCUGUCAGGAGUACGGUAUCGAAGUUCGUAAAAGUACUCCUUAUUGGCCACAAGCGAAUGGGGAGGUUGAGCGUGUAAAUGGCAUGAUAAAGAAACAUCUGCGAAUAAGUCAGGUAGAAGAUACGGAUUGGAAGUGGGACCUUCGGAUGUGCGUACUAAUGUACAAUUCAACUCCUCAUUCCACCACAGGCGUCGCACCAUCUGUAUUAAUGUUUGGGAGAAUAUUAAAAGACAAGCUUCCGUCUGUUCCACUCAAACCUAACAGAAUGGUAGAAGAGAUAAGAGACAAAGAUACAGAGCAAAAGCACAAAAGCGCAGAAUACGCCAAUCUACGACGACGUGCAAGAACAAGUAACGUGCUAGUGGGUGAUACAGUUGUGGUAAAGAGACCCACCAAGGAGAACAAGCUGACCUCGAACUUCAGUCCAGAAGAGUGGGUGGUUAUCGAGAAAAACGGUUCACAGGUAACACUUCGUUCAAAAGUCUCUGAUAGUAUUAUCCACAGAAACGCAUCUCAUGUCAAGCGACUUACACCAAAUGUCCAAGGGGAUGGGCAGAGGUCUUCAGAGGAUGAAGUUUCGGACCUGGACCUGGCGACUGACCAAAGUGACGAGCGGACAAACGACCACAGCUGUGAUCCAGCCAUUCCGAUAAUGAACCAGACACGACCGCAAAGACAGAAGAAGCAACCAGUGUAUUUAAGUGAUUUUCAGAUAAACAAUGUUCGUUAG